UUUGAGCUCUCCUGUGGGGUGGGAAAAAGAUCCUCUUGCAAGUUUUUUUUUUUUUGCAGCUUUCUUUAUAUAGACAGAGUGGAAUCUAUAUGGUUUUCUCCACACCCAUCUUACGUGUGAUCUCAUAAUCCAGGCAUAGGAGAAAAGGGGAGGGAACUGGUGUGGUGUGAGGGAGAGGUUCAAAACAAGUUCCAGAUUCAUACAAACUAGCUGCUGUGCUCUACUUCGAGAGUUGCCUGUUCUGCAAAAUCUGCAAGGACCUAUCCCCUUCACAAGAGAAGUUUCCAAGAGUACAAUUUCCUUUUGAUCUAAAAUCUGAGAAGAGUGAAAAUGUUGGUCGUGCUGGCUUUUAUUAUCAUUUUCCAUAUAACCUCCAUAGCAUUGCUCUUCAUCUCUACAAUAGACAAUGCCUGGUGGGUUGGAAACAACUUCUACGCUGACAUCUGGAGAACCUGUAUGAACAUUAAUGGAACUCAAGACUGCACAGAAAUCAACAGCACUAAUGACUAUUUUCAGGCUAUCCAGGCCAUUCAGGCUACCAUGAUCCUGUCCACCAUUCUGUGUUGCAUUGGACUCUUGAGCUUUGUUUUCCAACUGUUUCGGCUUAAACAAGGAGAGCGAUUUGUGCUUACUGCAGUUAUCCAGAUGCUAUCAUGUCUGUGUGUUAUGAUCGCUGCCGCCAUCUACUCCUCCAUGCAUGACCAAAUCCAUUCGAAAGAACAAGACAUAAAGGAUGGCACGUUCGGAUACUCCUUCAUUCUAGCUUGGAUUGCCUUUGCCUUCACCCUUAUUAACAGCAUCAUGUACUUGGUACUUAGGAAGCGUAAAUAAGCCGCAACAUCAGCUAGACGAAUCCUAUCCCUACACAGACCAAAUACAGAUAACCAUUUUGUAUAUAAUCAUUUUGAAGUGGUUGUGUAGUAAAUGGUAAGGUUUCCUAAACACGUACUGUUCUCUUAGCAUGUUUCACGCUAAGACUAUGACACAUUAUACACGUAUCCUGGAACAUUGACCCUUCUUUGGUUAAUGGGAAAGAAUUUGAAUAUUACAAUACAUGUAUAAUGUUUUACAACUUGAACUAUGUUUUAAUUUUAUAUAAAUAUAUUUUUUUUUUUGGUUGGUAGUUGUAGAUUUAACAAGUUUAUUUUCCGAGAGAAGGGGAGGGGGGAUUGGAUGGUUUUGAAUCUAAGACAUCUCAAUUAUCAUUUGGGAGACUUCUUUGUAACCUAAAACAUCAUGUAGGUUAAUGUUUUACAAAACACAAGAUUUUGUUUUAUGCUAACCGUACUGUUUUCUUGGUGUAGUCAGAUACCCCCCUGAUUAGAGUGCUGUGGAAUGUUCCAUAAAGACAGUAGCUGUGGAACAGACCAUUUAACACUGAGUGGGGGUUCUGACUACAGUGAUGUUAGGAGAUGUUGAAUCCUAAUAACUUUUAUAGGCAUAUUACAAAAAUAAAUAAAUUACUUUUUAUAAUUCUAUGGAAAGAUGAACCUACACUGAAAAUUCAAUAUAUUUCACCAGUUUACCAAAAUACACCUUGAAAAUGUAUACAGCAGCAGGAAUGAUUUACGUUUUUCGUAAUGCAUAGAAGGAAGAGUAAAAAUGAUCUAGCCAUGCUGCUAUUCAUUGGACAUUCCAGAUUUUUGACUUUGUCUUGCAAUUUACAGAUAUGUAUUGUCUGCUUUAGCAUAAUUAUUGGAAGUUUUGCUCAUUUUAUAGCCAGAUUUUACCCCUUCACCCUUGAACGCUGUACAUAUAUAAAAUGCAGAUUUGUUCCUAGAUCUGUUUUGCAUGUAGUUUUAAGUCUAGGUAUGGAAAUUGGUCAUUUUAUUGUUACAAAAGAAAAUUAUUGCUUUACAAA